AUGCCACUUCCAAUUUCUCGCCACACGAACAACGAUGACUAUGACUCAGAUCCGGAAAUUCAGGCAGAGAAGGAAUUGGCAAAGAAAGAUCCAAACUUUCAGAUCGACGAAAAUUCGUUGAUCUCACAAAAGAAGCGAGAAGCCGAGGCGGAAGUUUCAUCAACUCCACCAAAUGUUGUUGGUGGAAAUCACCAAUUUAACAAAAUUAGAACUACUUGUAGGUUAUUUCAAAUACUAAUAUCAAAAUACAAAAAAAUUUGAAAAUAUUUUGGUUUUCUCAAAAAUAAUAAUUAAAAUUGUUUAGCGACAACUUCGGAUGAGUUCGGAGCAAAAAAGCAGCCAAAGACUGGCAAUCAAACCAAGGCUUUGAAAAAGCAAAGAUCGCGCGGGAUUUCGGGAUGUUCGUCGAAGAAAUUCGCCGGAUAUGAUGACGAGGACUAUGAUAUGGAUGAUUAUGAUGAGGACGAAUUGUUCGAUGAGUAAGUUUUUUCCUAGUAACUUUUUUAUCGCGCACUCUUCAAAUGUUUCACGAAUUUUUUGAAGAAACUUGUGACUUUAAAUUUUGAAAUGCUCGGUUUUACCCGAUUACACGUUUAUUGAAACAAAUGCCGUUUUGAAAAUUUGAAAACUCUCGAUCGUCUGUAACUGUCAGAAAAUUUUUUUCAGCUACGAAGAAGACGAGCAAGAUACUACCAAGACCGCCUAA